GUCUUCAUCUUUACUCUAAGCAAAAAUAAAAACUCCAACUGAUUUCUUCUCUGUGAACAUUUUUUCUUCGUGAUUGCGACAUAACUGAAUCAUAAAUAUUCGAUUCGUCUAUAAAAUUCGAAUAAGAAUAAGAAAUUGAGAUCGGAAAAGAUGGCCAGAAUUGUACCGGUGAAGUUUAAGAGAGUAGCCGAAGCGUUUGAUGAGGUGGUGAAAACUCGGAUCUGCGAGAGCAGCGGCAGUGAACACUCUCCACCACCUGAGAGCUUGGCGAAUUUAUCGCAACUUGUGAAUUCGUUUCUAGAAGGGGAGGUAAUUACUGUUAAUGAGAAAUUGGAAGAGAUUGAUGGAAAUGUUGAAACUAAUUGCUUUGACGAAUCGGAGAUUAAGGAGAAUUUAAGGAAUCUGUUGGAUCCCGAUGGAAAUUCCGGUGAUGAUUUGAAGAAAAAUGUUAUUAAUGCUGUGGAAAAUGCUUUGCUUGCUGAAGAAGCAAGCUCACCGGAGUUUAAACGAUGGUUGAUGACUCGAUUGCGUGAUCAGGGAUUCGAUGCUGGAUUGUGCAAAUUAAAAUGGGAGAAAGCUGUUAAUCGUACUUCAGGAAGUUACGAGUAUAUAGAUGUUAAUAUUGGUGUUACUCGUUACAUAAUCGAGGUUUCAUUAGUGGAAGAAUUUGAAAUUGCUCGAGCAACGCCUUGCUACACCUCGUUGCUGGAAAAUUUCCCUCACGUUUUUGUUGGAAAAGUGGAAGAGUUGAAGCAAGUGGUGAGAAUUAUGAGUAGAGCCAUGAAGAGAUCUAUGAAGAAAAUGAAUAUUUAUGUGGCUCCAUGGAGAAGACUGGCUUAUAUGGAAGCUAAGUGGUUUGGAUCUUAUAAGAGAACAACAAAUGAACAAAAAGAUUAUCAAAAGAAUAGUUUUGAUUCAUCUUCAAAGAAGAGAAAUGUUGGAUUUGUGCCUAAGCAAGCAAUUUCUUUCUAUUGUAGAGAGAAUGUUGUUGCUUCUAAUAGUGGCAUUAAAAUUGGAAAUUUGGCUGCCGCUUUGAAUGGAUAAUAUCAUGAACAGAUAUAGGUCAUGGUGGAGUUGAUCAAAGAUUUCGAGUUCAAAUUCUGAAUCUGAAUUCAUUGUGUUCCUUAGAAAAUGAUAGAUUUAGUUAGAUUUCAAUGCGAAUGACAGAUAUUUGGUGAAAAGUAUAAAUUUAAUUUGUUAAGAAUUUGAAAGUUAUUCUUGUGGAGGCAAUAUAUAUUAGCAUCAUUUUUGGUGGGUUUGGAAA